GCACCAGUACCGCGCCUCUUUUCCUUCCACUCGUCUCGAUCUGUGGUGUAAACCGAGACCAAAAACCAUCUUUUUACGUGGUAAUCAUGCUGGCAGUAGACUGGUAGACUAGUUGUAUAGUCGUAGUACUAGCACCCUGUUUGAGUUUUUAACUUAGUCGUAGGGGUGAGAGUCCGCGACUCGACCUGUUGACAAGCUAGUACUCCGGCUUUCGCCUCUCUCCGUCUCACUCUACUCACUGUAGCGCCUCGGCCAAACUACCGAUAGCAGUAGUACUCCUAGUCUUCUCCUGGCAUUGCCAUAUAUAGAAAAACAGACCCGCUCCUUUCUCCUGAGCCGAACCACACUAUUACUCCAUUCUGGCGCACGCGCGCACGCUCGCUCGCUUCUUUCUCCCUCCGUCUCUCCGUAUAGCCUGUGGAUAUCCGGGUACUCUAGUAUAAGAUAGUCGCCUCCGCCCUUCCUCCGUUCGCUACAAAUAUCCGCCGCCGCAAACGCAUGGACGCGCCUCCAUCUCCUACCAUGCCGCCGUCCAAGACCGACCUCUCGCUCACCCUGGCGCCCGCGGCCGCUGGCGGCAUCGACGAGGCCGGGGACGGCGGCGCGGCGGCGUCCUCGGCGUGCAUCGACGGCAAGGACGUGCGCCUGUUCCCGUGCCUCUUCUGCAACAAGAAGUUCCUCAAGUCGCAGGCGCUGGGCGGCCACCAGAACGCGCACAAGAAGGAGCGCAGCGUCGGCUGGAACCCCUACUUCUACAUGCCCCCCACCUCCCACCACGCCCACCAUGCCCACGCCAAUGCCACGCCCACGCCCGCCUCCGCGGCCUCGGGCACGAGCUAUGGUGGCGGCACUGCUGCUACUGCGGCGGCGCCCGGUGCCGGUCCCGGCGCGCUCCCGGCGCACGCCGCGGCGUACGCGAGCCGGCGCGCCUACGCGGCCCUGCCGUCGUCCUUCCACAUCGCGUCCCACGGCAGCAGCUCCAACAACAGCAUGGUGGGGUCCGACCGGGGCCGGGACCGGCAGCAGCAGCAGCAGUACUACGCGCCGCCGGAGAGCGCGUCCCUGUCGCAGGCCACGGCCGCGGGCGAGGUGUACAGCGGGCUGCAGGUCUCGAGCCGCUUCGCGGCGCACCGGCAGCUGAGCCUGGGCGCGGGCGCGGCGGCCAGCAGCAGCAGCAGCAGCAGGGCCGAGGAGCAUCCGGGCGCCGGGCGCGACGAGCUGAUCGACAUGCUCAACUGGAGGCGGGGCAGCCACGGGCCCACGGCUUCCGCCGCCGCCACCACGCCGUCGCCGGCCAGCACCACCACCACGCUCACCUCCGGCGGCGGCGGCGGCGAGGAAGAGCUCGACCUCAACUUGCGCCUCUAGCCUUUAGUUAGCUGCCUGCUCUUCUGCCAGUACUGCUGCCUCCAAUCCAAGCAAGACAAGGGCAAAGGUUAAUCCCAUCGGCGCCAUCGCCGCGUACUACCUCUGCUCUGCUCCUCCUGUUCAUCCUGCGCGCCACCCCCUGUGUGCCGUGCCGUGCUUACCGCCUACUAUCGCCGUACGUACGCCUCGAUUUAGGGAAAUGUUAAUUCAUUGUUAAUUUCUCGCCGCCUUCGACUCUGAUAUUCUCUCUUGUAUGUUUACUCCAAUGCUAGUGGAGAGGGAGUGUGGUGCUCCUUGUAAUCGAACUCCUCGUCUUGAUCCCCCCCGCGCUGUUCCUUCGUUC